AUGGCACUCCUAGACGCCCCCUCGCAGCUCCAGGUCGUUGGACAGAAACCCACAAACAACAUCAAACAUGGGCAUGAUCAUUUCUACGAGGACAGGAACUUCCAAGGCCGCUCUUAUGAGACCAACCAGGACUGCCCUGACAUUUCCUCCUACAUGUCUCGCUGCCAGUCCUGCAGGGUGGAGAGCGGCUGCUUCAUGGCCUACAAGCGCCCCAACUUCAUGGGAAACCAGUUCUUCCUGAGGAGGGAAGAGUACUCAGACUACAUGCAUAUGGGAAUGAGUGACUCGGUCCUCUCCUGCCGUAUGAUCCCUCAGCACAGAGGAUCCUUUAGGAUGAGAGUCUACGAGAAGGAGAACUUCAGAGGUCAGAUGCACGAGAUGAUGGAUGAUUGUGAGUCCUUCCAGGAGCGUUACCGCAUGGCCAACUGCGAGUCUACCCAGGUCAUGGAGGGACAAUGGCUGAUGUACGAGCAGCCCCACUUCAGAGGCAGAAUGAUUUACAUGAGGCCCGGAGAGUACAGAAACCUCAGGGAGAUGGAUCAUGGAAUCCUGUUAGGGUAGCCUAGUGGUUAGAGCGUUGGACUAGUAACCGGAAGGUUGCAAGUUCGAACCCCCGUGCUGACAAGGUACAUAUCUGUCAUUCUGCCCCUGAAUAGGCAGUUAACCCGCUGUUCCUAGGCUGUCAUUGAAAAUAAGAAUUUGUUCUUAACUGACUUGCCUAGUUAAAUAAAGGUAAAUGAAUAAAUACAUAUUUUAAUUUGUAGCCCUUUUCAAUUGUGAAACACGUAGUGGAAAUGCAAUAAAAUACCAUCUAAGAACAUUUUUGUAUCUGCCCA